AUGAACAUCUAUAUGUUUCCCCAUGUUCUUUCAGUCUGGUCUCCGACUGAAUAUACCACAUGGGAUUGUUGGGAAUCGAUGUUGAGUGCGGUCAAGAUUUACUUAACAAAUGAUCAAUUAGAGUUUGUAGUACCGUUUUAUUACCUCGAUAUGAACGUUUCAGAGAAUCAGACAUUCAUUGAGAAAAUGAAUGAUUAUAAGUUAGUAUUAAUACCGCCUACGAAUGAUGUCACAGACAUCGAGAAGAUGAUGGAGGAACGAUUAACUACACUUCAACAACCAUUAAGUCUUGGAAUACAAUUCCACCAAUACACCAACUUUGGCUUUGGCUCAUCUACUCAAGACGAUAUCACUCACUUGAUGGAGUUAGAUAAUCGGUUACACCAUUAUAGUAAUUAUUAUGGAAUGACUCUUUUGGACUUAAAUGCAUUUCAAACCUUUGUGGAUACAAAUCCAACAAUAACAUCAUAUCCACUGUUUCAUUCGAUGUACUACAACUACUUUAACGGAUUCGAUAAACCACUUUUCGACAAGACAAUUCUUUUCGCGAAGACCUACACGUCGAUUCUCUCACUCGAUAUCUCAGACAUCGACACCUCUUUCUUCACGGAGUGUGACAUGUUCUUGACUUUACUCGAGCAGGUGCAAAGGAAUGGAAUGAAUUACACGUUGUUGUUGAAUAGAUCAGUGUGGUUAAACCAAUGGUUAGUCUUCCCAAGGUUCUUCAUCCGUUCAUGCCUCUCUCGUAUCCCUUAA